UAACCUCGUCAGAUUUUAUCUUUGACUGCAAAAUUACCAUUUCACGCUUCAAAUUAAAAUUUUGGUCUCAGCCCAGCCCCCCUCCUCGGCCCCUGUCCCUCUUUCUCUCCCUGCGGACUCGAGUCCUAUCCUCAAUGCUUUGGGAAAAUUUCACAGGUUGUGCUAGUAAGACUCUUGAUGAAACGCUUGAGGGACUUGUCUAGCUGAAUGAGUUUGCUGGUAUUUGUUGGAAGCUUUUGACUUUGCUGCUGAAGGGUUUCUUGUGUUUUGUUUGGAUUUCAUAUAUUCUAUUGAGGAAUUUAUUGUGUUUAUCUUCUUCCAAAUCUUGGUCUCUUAGAUUCACCUAGUAUGUUCUUUGGCUGGUUGAUAUUGAUAUAAAACCCAAUUGUAGAGUUUUAGUUAUUUGGUGGUGUGUAGAAAAGUUCUUGAUGUGAAAACUUUCUAAACUAGGUUUUAGCAAGAUGGGUUCAAUUCAAAAUACUGUUCAUUAUUGUUGUGUAUUUAGGGGUAAUCGGAACUUGUAUGUGUAUAGUGGGGGUGAUGAUGAGAUUGAGAAUUUGGCGGCCUUGUCAUUGGAAAGGAUUCCUGCGUAUCACAAGUGGUAUUUUGAGACAAUUGGCAAGAGGACUUUUGGGUUUUUGAUAGAAGACGGUUAUGUUUAUUUUAUAAUUGUUGAUGAAGGUCUUGGAAACCCAGCUGUACUUCAUUUUUUAGAACAUGUGAGGGAUGAGUUUAAGAAGGUAGCUAGAAAGGGUUCACGGGGAAGUUUUUCAGGUUUGAGUUCAAUCAACAUACAAGAACAACUAGUGCCUGUUGUUCGCCGUCUAAUAACUUCAUUGGAACAUGUAUCUCAACAUGAUUGGAAUACUGAAACUUCCUCAUCUGAUAAUAUGGGUUUGUCUCCAUCACCAAGUGAUGCAAAUGGGCAAAUUGAAGUUCUUACAUCCACUAAAGCCCCUUUGUUGGCAAAAUCUAACAAGCAAGAGAAGAAGAAAUCAAAGGAACAUGUGAUUGUUAUGAGAGAUAUUGAGUUAGAGGAGCAUAGGAAAUCUACAGAUAGAGGAGUUAAAAUUGAUUCGACUUCAUUGGAUUCUAAUAACCAAGGUGGAGUAGCAUCUCAAAUUUCAUUACAAAAGGAUUUGGGUUCAAUGAGGAUCAGGUCGAGCUCUCAAAGUAUUCGAAAGAAGUGGUGUCGCCAAGUGAGGAUUAUUCUUGCUAUUGAUGCUGUUGUUUGCUUGAUACUAUUCAUAAUUUGGCUGUCAAUCUGUGAUGGUUUUAGAUGUACCAGUUGAUUGUGAAAUUGGAGCCAGAGAUUCACCUUUUACUUGAUAGUGCCUAUCCAGAGUAUGUGAGAAUCAGUUUACGUCAGGGAAUCAAUUUCAACCUUGCCAAACUCUGUUGUGGAGGUAUGUGCUUGAAAUUAUGUGGUGGAAUCAUAUUAACAGAUUCUCCAUACAGUUCAAUAGUUAUUAUGGUAUACACAUUCAUCUAGAUUAUCGUUGAAGGUUGGUGCUACUAUGCUGUUUGUAAUUAUAGAUAUAAAAUAUCAGAUGUUGUGUAUCUAAAUAUUUUAAUCCCAGCAUAUUUUCUUUUCAUGUAUAAAAAUUACGCAUUGAAGCGUCAUUUGUGCUGAUUUUUGCCAAAAUAUUCUUCUGUUUAGUGCA